AUGCUGUUGGAACAAAUUGCCAGCGCCGAUAGCCUGCACGCCCUGACCGGACCGCUCGGUAUCACGGCACUGCUCGUUGGACUGCUAGUGAUCCAAUAUGUGAUCCCAUAUGCGAAAGACCCGAAUGGAUUGAACAAGUUUCCUGGGCCUGUCGUGUCAAGGUUUUCCAACCUUUGGAUGCUGUUUACGGCUAGGAUGCAUGUCAUGAGCGUAUCAGUUCAUAAGCUUCACCAACAACAUGGCGACUUUGUACGGCUAUCGCCCAACCACCUUAGCGUCAACCACCCGGACAGCGUGAGAGACAUCAUGGGCCACGGCAACGGCUUCACCAAGUCCGAGUUCUACUACGCCUUUGACAACAUUGAGCAGGGGAUCUUCACGACCCGCGACCGUGCCAAGCACAGUCGCAAGCGCAAGUUUGUAGCGCACAUGUUCAGCUCCAAGUCCAUGGUCGAGUUUGAGCCCUACACUUCUUCCGCUCUGUUGGUAAUGGGAGCUCAGAUUGACAAGAUGAUCGACACCGGCAAGGCGGGCGACUAUAUUGCUCUGGAUCGCACUGAUCCCAAAAUUGCUGCUCUGAAGCGCAAGGGCGAGAUUGCCUUGGACGCCGUGACUUGGGCGUCCUUCCUGGCCUUUGACAUCAUCGGUGAUCUGGCAUUUGACGAGCCAUUUGGUUUCUGCAAAGCCGGUGCAGAUAAGCUUGGUGGUGUCAUGAAGCUGCGAGACAGGGGUGAAUGGUGCUCGACAGUCGGCCAAGUGCCGUGGAUUAAAACAUGGACCCCUUACUUCUUUUUUGAUCCAUUUUUUAUCCGUGGACGUAAUGCCGCCGCCGGCCUGGCCGAGAUUGGCAUCAACUCUGUCGAAAAGCGCAAGAACAAGCCCAGUGACCCUAGCCGAAGGGACAUCCUCUACUAUCUGCUGUCAGCUAAAGAUCCCGACACGGGGGGCCCUCUUCCCGAUCGCGAGUUGAAGGCUGAAGCGUUGACGCAGCUGAUAGCUGGCAGCGACACCACGGGUAAUUCACUUGCCCAAAUCAUAGACCUUCUCGUUCGCCAUCCAAACAAGAUGGCCAAGCUAAUUGCCGAGCUCGAUGAACAAUACCCGGCCCCCUCCCCCGCUGACUUCGUCUCCCUCUUUGCCGACUGCCAGAACCUCCCAUACCUCCAGGCUUGCAUAUGCGAAGUUCUCCGUCUCCGUACUGUCACUUCCAUGGGUCUGCCGCGUGCCGUCGGUGCCAGCGGAGCCAACGUGUGCGGUCACUUUUUCCCAGAAGGCACCAUCCUCUCAGUGCCUACUUACACUGUUCACCGUGAUCCUCGUCGCUGGGGAGAUAAUGCGUUGGAGUUCGAACCGGAACGCUGGCUUGGCGGUACCCAGGCAGAGCUUGAGAAACACUUCCUCGCUUUCAGCUUUGGACCUCGAGCCUGUAUCGGACGGAAUGUUGCUUUCAUGGAGGUGAAGAAAACGGUAGCGACACUGUUCCGUCGCUUCUCUCUCCGAGCUGUGUAUCCCGAUAGGCAGCCGUGUAUUCGAGAGGGUUUCCACAACAAGUGCGAUGAAUCAUUUGUCUUCAUGAGCCGCAGGGAUUAA